UUCUUGAAAAUUUUAUUUUAAUAGCAGACGCGGCUUAAAACUACAUGAAUGAAAGAUCGAAGUUUGAAAAUCCUGCCUCUUUUUUAGAUUUAUAGGCCAUUGUUUGUUUUUGUGAAAAUGAGUUUCGAUUCACGUGCAAAAAGACGCAUUCAGGAAUCCAAAAAAAAAGCUAGACCAGAACUCAGUUCCAGUGCAGCCUGGGUGGAACAGUGCUACUACAAAAAUUUCAAGCCUUUCACAGUCUUUACUGACAGUGCAUUAAGAAUCAGUGUUGACAAAGUGAGCCCACAAGAGUUUAUUGAACGAUUUGAGAGGCCCUAUUUACCAGUUGUUAUUCUUGAUGUCCAAAGAGAAUGGAUGGCAAAUUAUAAAUGGACAAUCCAGAGAUUAGCAAAAAAGUAUCGCAACCAAAAGUUCAAAUGUGGUGAAGACAAUGAAGGUUAUUCAGUCAAAAUGAAGAUGAAAUAUUAUGCUCAUUACAUGCAAACCACCACAGAUGAUAGUCCAUUGUACAUAUUUGAUAGCAGUUAUGGGGAUCAUCCAAGAAGAAAGCGUUUAUUGGAGGAUUAUGAUGUGCCUAUCUAUUUCAGAGAUGACUUGUUUAAAUAUGCUGGGGAGGAAAAAAGGCCUCCGUAUAGGUGGAUUGUUAUUGGGCCAGAAAGGUCUGGGACAGGGAUACAUAUUGAUCCUCUAGGUACAAGUGCCUGGAAUGCCUUGGUCUUUGGCCACAAACGGUGGUGCUUAUUUCCUACACACACACCGCGUGAAUUGAUAAAAUUGACAUCACAAGAGGGCGGAAAACAGCAGGAUGAAGCAAUUACCUGGUUUAAAAUUAUUUAUCCUAGGACUCAAAGCCCAAGUUGGCCAGCAGAAUACAAACCGCUUGAAAUUCUGCAAAAACCAGGAGAAACCGUUUUUGUUCCUGGAGGCUGGUGGCAUGUUGUAUUAAAUCUUGACACAACUGUCGCCGUUACACAAAACUUUUGUUCGCGUACCAACUUUCCAGUCGUAUGGCAUAAAACCAUUCGUGGAAGACCAAAGUUUUCCCGCAAGUGGUACAAAAGUUUGAAAGUAAACGAACCUGACCUUGCAGUAGUAGCUGACAACGUGAAUCUGAGUUCGCAUACCGGUGUGGCUUCAGAUAGCUCCUCAGAUAGUUCAAGUUCUAGUUCCAGUUCAUCUGAUUCCGAAUCAAGUGAUGGCGUGGAAGAAGCAAGUAUGGAUCGAAAGGGCAAACGCGAAGAAAAUCGUGGUAGUAUGACCACAGUGCACAAAAAGAAGAGAUUUUUUAUUUUUUUGCUUUAUAUUAGGAGAAAAUUAACUCGUACUCCGCCACGGGUAAUGAACUGAAUGAAUGUCAAUGGCGGCCUUUAGAUAAAAUCAUUCAAAAGAGAGUUCCAGUUGAAUAGAUAACUACCAUUUUCUUGACACCCUCUCAGUUUGGUCGGACAUACGACUCAACAUUUCCCUCUAAUGUUCCCUUUUGUACUGUAUCUCGGCAAAAUUUGAUUUGUAAUGAUAAACAUUUUUGCUGCAACUUGUAGUGUUAGAAAACUUUCUGAAUUAUUGUUUUUUCUUUUUUUUUUCUUUUUUUGUUAAACAGAUGCCUUGCAUACUGUACCUUGUAUCAAGAGUUCAGUGCCUCCCGCCAAUAAAAUUUCAUAAUAUACUA